AUGGGUUUUUCAAAAAAAUUCUAUUUAAAUAACCGUGGAACUUUCAUUGGGGGAAAAAUAAAAGUGGAGAUAAUGAUCACAAUAUACAUAAUAAAACCACAUCCACUUGUUUGGUUGCGUAUUUAUAGAUUUAUAUGUUACGCUAAUGAAGGUAGUCUAGCAGGUCUUUUGGCCGCUGUAGCAUUAAACUUGUCUUGGUCUGUUCGGAUCAAUUUAGCUUUGGAUAUUGCCUGUAGCCUUCACCAUCUGCACAGUCACAGUCUAAUUCAUCGAGAUUUAACCUCUCAGAAUAUCCUUAUCCGAGUUCACACUCGAUCGCACCCAGAUACAACAGACAAUUAUUCUGAUUCAACAUUUAACUUUGACUAUCAGACAGUUUGUAAUGGCACUCUCCGAGAUCGACUUACUCAAUCCAAGUUAUCUGGAUCCGAAAGCGAUGCAUUUGUUCAAGGAAGCACGCAUACCAAUGGCUUAUCACAUAAAUCUUGUCAUUCUCAUAAUCUUUGUAGACGUCACAGCAGUCGUGUCAACCGACAGCAAUCUAACCAGUUUAGCAGAAUACCCUCAAAUGAUGAAACCAAUGAAUUUUUACCAGUCAGCUCUAAUUCAAACGAAGAAUAUCCCACAGAUAUAGAUAACUGGUUUGAAUUUAGCUCAUCUACUUUCAUUUGCAAACCAACAUACUGA